AUGCCUUCCAAUAAUCAGACAGACGAGGCGGAUGCCACGGGCCAGAGUGUUCUACCACUCGCCAGGAUAAAGAAGAUCAUUCAGCUCGACGAAGAUAUAGCACAGUGCUCGCACAAUGCGACGUUUCUUAUUGCAAUGGCUACAGAACUAUUCAUCCAAUACCUUGCCGAGCAAGGAUAUAACGUCGUCAAGUCAGAGCGCAAGCCUCGAAAGACCAUACAAUACAAGGAUCUCGCGACCGCAGUCUCGCGAAUCGACAACCUCGAAUUCCUCGCCGACGUAAUCCCCAAGACUACAACGUACCGCCAAUUCAAAGAAAAGCGAGCCCGCGAAGUAGCACAAGACGCGCCCGAGAUAGAAAAGGGACAAUCCGGUACACCUGAUGCAGCGGUAGGACAGAAUGGCGUCGCUCGUCUGCCGAGAGGACAGACCACGCUGCUUGCAGCGUCUAAUGGGAGCAGAUCUAAUAUUGCGACCGAUAGUCCUAUGCCCACAGUGUCGAUGAUGAUUGAUCCAACUACGGAUACUGAGUCCGGCGCGAAUGGCGAUGUUGAGAUGACUGGAUAA